GUCAAAACUCAAAAGUGCUGUUUUCAUCUUACGACUUUUCGAAUCGGAGGCGAGAAAUGUUAUAAAAAUCUGUUUAUGAAUUCCAUUAUUUUAAGGUUCUAUUUAUUUAUAUUAAAAUGUAAGACUUACACCUAUAGACCGAGAUAAGUAUUAAAGUCGUACUAGUCAUAUUAUGCAUAUAAAUCAUGUUUGGAUACAGCAAAGAAGCAGUAAGAGUUAAAGUCAAGAAAUGCGAAGGUAAACUUCAACCGGAACUUCGCAAGUUUUCUGUUGACCCACAAAUUACUUCAUUAGAAGUAUUGCAAAGUAUUUUGAUCAAGGCUUUUGAUAUCAAAUCGGAUUUCACUCUAUCUUAUAGAACCGUUGAUGACUAUGGACAGGAGGUUUAUUUACCGCUAUUGUCUGAUUGGGACUUGGAUGCUGCUUUUCUCAAAUCUCAUAAUAUAGCACUAAACCAAAAAGUAGAACCAUGUGUUCAGUUAAAAGUGGAUAUGAAGCCUUUUGCAGAGGCAUCAGAGGACUGGGAACCACCUACUUUAACAGAAACCCCAACUGUAAACCAAACCACCAGAGAACAACCGGUUGUCCAUCAACCAACUACAUCAGAAAAAGUAGAAUCACAAACUGGCUUUCAAGGAUUGAUCAUGAACCAGGUUGAAAAAACAUUUAACAUGGUAACUCGAGCACUAAAUUUGUAUGAAGAUCCAAACACUCCUCCUCGACCACCACUAAGCGAUAUUGAGUUCCGUGCUUUCCUUGAUGCUGUUGGACAAAUAAAUAAUACAACAAAGCUAAGAGAAGUUAUUUACUGUGGAGGAAUUGAACCAAGUUUACGGAAAGUUGUAUGGAAACAUAUUUUGAAUGUAUACCCUGAUGGUAUGACUGGUAAAGAAAGAAUGGAUUAUAUUAAAAAGAAAGCCAACGAAUAUUAUGUGUUAAGAGCAAAGUGGAAGGACUGCAUACAGAAAGGAAAGGUCAAUGCAGAUUUGGCCUAUGUUACAAGUAUGGUACGCAAAGAUGUGCUCCGAACUGACAGGCAUCAUAAUUUCUAUGCUGGAAGUGAUGAUAACCAGAACAUAGCCUCACUUUUUAACAUUCUUACAACGUAUGCCAUAUACCAUCCAACAGUGAGCUACUGUCAAGGUAUGUCAGACUUAGCCUCUCCGCUGCUCGUGACGAUGGGUGACGAGGCCCACGCCUACAUCUGUCUCUGCGCACUGAUGACGCGCCUCCACCCCAACUUUCUUCUAGACGGUGAAGCUAUGACACAGAAAUUUACGCAUUUAACCGAAUCCCUUCAGGUCUACGAUCCCGAUUUUUAUAAUUACCUCAAAUCCCAGCAGGCGGACGAUCUCCUAUUCUGUUAUAGAUGGUUGCUCCUGGAGAUGAAAAGAGAAUUCGCUUUCGACGACGCUCUCCGAAUGCUCGAAGUACUUUGGGCUUCCUUGCCCCAGAAAGCGCCUACUGUCGAGCUCAUGCUAAAGGAGAAGGAAUUCGACCCCGACAUCGGCGUCAGCAUCGACCCGCCUCCCCUGAGCCCCCUGAUCAAAGCGCCCCGGGAAAACGCCUACACCAAAGUGUGCGCGAUAAGGAGGCAGAGCUCGAGUUUCAGUAUAGCUAACAUGAAAGCGCCCAAGCUCGUCACGAUCAAGCAGACCAACCACAGCUUAGACGAGAACACAGUCAGAAAAACGCUCAACAACGCGUCCCUUAAAAAUGCGAAGGAAUUUCAGAGCUUAGAUGAUGCUAUGUUGAGACAUCACAGGAGCAUCAAAGACGAUAAAUUAGAAAACCAUAAGGACAAAGAUGUUAAAGCGAAGAGAAAUAUGACGAGUGUACCCGAAGAUAGAAAAGUUGUCGAAAGUGAGGAGCCGGCUUCUACCGGUUGGUCGAGCACCGGCAACCUAACAAACGGGACGGCGCACGCGGACAACAAGGACGUGCCGCUCGGUAGUCAGAUAAGACUUCUGAGAGACAAAAUACAAGUUCACAAUAGUAGGUUCUUCUCCUCCUUAGAUAAAUUGGACUCGUCCGGUGGUGAUGGAAACGCACCAAAAGUUAAAAUGAUAAAAAACCUCAAUGAAUUUUUGAAUUUCGCGACCGGUAGCGGUAGCAAAUCGAAUAUCAAACACGAUAAAUUGCAAAGAACUUACUCGGCGAUAGAACACAACCGCACCGACGAGUGUCCCAAAAUAACAGUCAACAAAACGUCAUACGACGAGAACGACAUCGUAGAACCGAAAUACAAAACACCGCUACUGAAAAAUAUUAUAAACAAAACUAGUCUAGAAAUCAACGACGGCAGCAGUCCCGACGACUCGCAGGAGUACUAUCCGAUGACGACCUCCAUGACCAGGGAGCUGAGACUCGAAUUAGAACAUUUGGACCGACAAGUGUUUGGAAAUUCUUACGUGAACAGAUGCAGCGUGACGUGCGAUUCCCCCUCAGACUCCACCAGCACCGAGGAGAGACCUCCGGACUGUGAUCGUACCGCCAAACGGGACACACCGGCCGACGCCUUGGAGCUUGAGACGGAGGUGAAAGUAGUGGGACUGGUAAAAAAGUCCCCGCUACUCGAGACCAUAAGAUCGAACGCUAGAAGUGCCGAGGACAUUUACCUCUGGGAAAAUCCCUUGCAUCGUAACACCCCCACGACUCGAACCACCGCCAGCUGUCCUCAGACGCCGGACGAACAGGCGGAAUUGGAUUUUGACAUCGACACCGGCGAAAUAUUCGAGGAGCAUUCGGGAAAGAAAUCGAUAACUCCGAUAAGGCUGCUGAGAAAAAAUUUCUCGUUGGAUACGACCCACGUAUCUAAAGGUAACCACCAAUCGGAAACGCAGUCCAGUGAUUCCGACUCCUCGGAAAAGGGGCCGGCGGGAGUCGAGAGCGAUCGCAAAAGUAAUCACAAAGACGAAAGCGGUUCCAAGUCACACAAGUUUUUCUCCAACAUGUCUCAGGAACUAGAAAAUGCGAAAAGAAACUGUGAAUCCUUACUCAAUGUAAAGCAACCGAAUCUCCAUAGUGUGGCUUCCACGAUAAACAAUUUUCAGAAGAAAUAUGAGGCACUCAAACCCCCUUCCCACAAAAUUGCGAGUGUGUCCGUGAGUAGCGACAAUUCGACUAGGAGUAAUAUCGGCACUCUUCCUGCACCGACGGUCUUUGGGGGCGGCAAUCCGUUCCUGAUGUACUUAUGUUUGACAGUAUUGUUGCAGCACCGAGAUUAUAUCAUGCGCAAUCGCAUGGACUACAACGAGUUAGCUAUGCACUUCGAUAAGAUGGUCAGGAAGCACAACGUUAACAGGGUCCUCAAUCAGGCGCGGCAAAUGUACGCUCUCUACUUGAAACAACAAGCUAAUAAGACUGGAGAUGUUAGUACUUAGGUCUACAUUAGAAAUUAAUUAGGAACUAAAGUACAGUAUUUUUGCUCAUACCACUUUAUUUUAUGAAUAAUAGAAGUAUUGCAAUGUUUAUA